CAAAAUAAGUUAUUUUACUAUAAACAAAGUCUAACGAGAAUCACACUUGAAUGAGAGUAACCAUUUUCAUAUUUCGGUAGUACAGACUCUUUACUCGUUUUUCAUACCUUUCGUUACCACUACUCCUUUAACUUGACUUCAAGGAACCUUCCCUCCCACAGCCAAAGCUCACUUAUCCUGAACUUUUGACAUACAUAUAAUACAUGUAGUGAUAUUAAGAAAAAUAACUUUUGGCAAUCACUUAUUCUGUCAUGUCCGGAUAUAAAAAAGAUACUAAUUUUGGUCAACACAAAGUAUCUGAGUUUGGGAUUUCAAAAAAUCCAAACGACGAAUCUUCAAACAAGUUUUCAAGGACUAUGUCAGCUACACUCCGUUCAAAUCCUACGGAAAGCGAUUUAUUGCUUAAUAUGUUAAGACCAGAUGUCGCAGAGAACAAAAAGCAACAUGACGGUUUGCCAGAUUGUAAUCCUAGUCCCAUUGCAAAUGGCGCUAAAAAAUCAGAAGGCAGUCCACAUGCUACCCCCAGACAGCCAUUUUUCAACAGCUUUAACCCCUUUGACUUCUUAGAAGCAACUAGUCCUUUAUUGCAGCGUCCAUCGUCUAGUUUAAAUCCGGAAACAACUAAAAAGAGGGAUGUUUCAACUCCCGUGAAAAUUAAUAAACAGCAAGAUGCUUACCCGUUGACAAUUGGGAAAGGUGACGUCUUUCAGAAGGAACAGAAAUUUAAGUCGAAAUCCCCAUCUCCUCUUCGUCCUUUUACUAGUCCUACAAAAGAAGAAGGUAGCGGUUUGGAAGAAAGUCAAUUAUCUCAACUUUUAGAUGAUGAUAAUGGCGUUCCUCAUGAGGUAUACAGUAUCGAUCCACCUUUGGGUCGUUCGUUCACUAUUCCACCAUCUUGCAUAUCGUCUCCAUUAUUGGUUGAGUCUUUUCAAAGAUUAGCAAAGCUGAAUCUUCCGUACAAUUACUUCUAUGAGCCUUUAGCUUUAGCUGAUAAAAAAAAUCAAUACGCGGCUUACGUCAAUCAAAAUCUCAAUCAAGUUUGCGUGUCAAAUGUCGAUACCAUGCAACGUUGUAUUUUGGACUGCGAAAACCAAGUCGUUUACCUGGGAUUUGGGGAAGAUUCAUUCGCUAACGUAUACUUGCUUGCUACGAAUUGCGAAGGUAAAGCUUCUGUAUGGAAGAUAAGUGAUGGAGCCAAUAAUCUCAGUACUUCCUUGGUUUUAAGCAUCAAGCAUUCCUUAUUACGGGAUUGCACAUGGGUAUCUGGAGACUCUAAUCUUGUUGGUGUUUUGGUGAAAAACAAGUAUUAUGUAAUACAAGUUUCACUAAACCAGAAGAGCGUGAAAAUUGGUCCGAGUGAGCUUUUUGAGAAUUCUCUUUUAAUGGUGGAAGCUCCUUCUACUAUCAACUCUUGUUCGCUGUCAAAGGAUAAAACAGUGUUAGCUUUAUUGGUGGACUCUAAAGUAUACCUAUACCAAGUGACCUUGUCAGCUAAUACAAAUACCGAAAAACAACAUCUUUCUACGCCUUUUGCUUUUAUAGAUUUACAUCUACCUUCGCCUGCUAAUUCAGUCUUCUGUUUGUCUACAAGCAAGAAGGACGGAACAUUUUUGGAUAGGAUUUUGUGUGUAACUUAUAACCAAAGUUCUACUUUAUUCCUGUUUGAUUUUGGCUGUCGUCAGGUCACACAAGAAAUAAAUUUAAAGAAUAAAAAUCGAAAGUUUUCUCCACACUUAUUGGGAGUUACCAAUAAGCAGGACUUGAUAUCGUCCAUUUCAGCCGACUAUUUGGACAUUUUCUCUUAUUGUGCUUCUUCGUUUUCUCCUGACCUAAAUAACGCAAGUACGUUUUCUUUUAUAAUGUCAGUUGUAAACAGGGAAAUUUUUGGUGAGUCAGGUUAUAUCGGUACUGUAAUGUCUAAAACAAUAUUGGAUGAUGGAAUUUUGUUCUCGAAUAUGAUCUCAGAAAAUGAUAGCGAACUUAAUUUACUGUUGGCAUUAACUAGUGGAUAUUAUUUAUUGAAUAUGGAUGCGGAUUGCUUUAGUAGAGAAGGGAAAUCGUUGGAUUACCCGACACCUGAGCAAUCUAUUAUAGCAUCUGCCCACUUAGAAAAAGUUGACAAAGGCAUGAACGUUGCACCCGCUAUAAGAGAAUUCAAGCUUCCAUCAAAUAUAAAAGAAACAGAAAGUAAUGUAUUUGAAUAUGCUUCAAGUGUCCUGGGUCCCUCUUCGUCGGAGCACUUGGAAACUAUCGUCGAGACAGUCCUCCCUCAAGAGGAUGAAGUGUCUAGUUUCGUCAAUAUGCUGUUAAAGAAAAGGGUUAAUGAAAUACUUAAACAGGAAUUACCAAAUCAAAUUGAUUCGAUAAUUAAGCCGCUGAUUGGUUUACAUCUUAAUGCAACUCUCGACACUAAAAUAAAAGAGACCGCUGAGGAAUGUUCCAAGGAGCCAUUAGAAUUUUAUGACUCUAGUGCUAUACAUGAAGAGGGGGAUUCGUUGAAAAAAUUAUUAGAAAAGAUCAGGGUACAUAACCAAGAAAAGGCCACGGCAAUGUCAGAUCUCGCUAAGCGUGUAAGUGCUACCACGACGCUCUUGGAGAAGAAGAUAAAUGGUGAUGAUGGUUCUUACUCUAUGGUCUCUAACAAUCUUUCGCAUCAUCUUGAUAAUCUUUCAAAAAUGAUUGAGGCUACGAAAAAUGAAGAGGCUUUGAUCUAUUUCACAGAAUAUCCAAACGUCCAUAUGUUUCGAAUGCUAAAAAAAAUACCUGACUAUGCCUUAGAUGAAUGCUCAUUUAUUCACUUACUAACGUUCAUCUACACGUUAUCAACCUUUAUUUUUACUGACGAUGAUCUCAAAAAACUAUGCAUACAAUUGAUGUCAAGGGCAAUUUCUCGUUUGCGUGCUAUGAAAGCACCAAGUCUAAUUGAAAAAGACAAUUUUUCGCCUGAAGUUUUCCCUGCUGUUGUCGAUAUUACACUAAAGAAUGUCGAAACAAUUUUAGUCAAUCAGGUGGUACCUAGUUAUGAGGCCAAGUACGAGUUCUUGAAAACAUCUCUUAAAUCUUUAAACAAAGAAUUGAGAACUUCUUAUGGUCUCUAAGUCAAAGUGUCAUUACCUUACUGGAGCUCUUGAGCAUUGGUAUACCUUUUGCUAUUUGUCUUAUUUUCUAUGUUUAUUGUCAAAAUCAAGAAUUUAAUAAAAGCACAUACUAAAAGACUUGAAGAAAAUCGCUCUUAAGGAUACUGAAUCGGAAGGAAGUACUUUAUAUUUGGAUCCAACGUUGACUAUGUUCUA